UAACAAGUUUUGUGUUUGUGUGUGUGUGGAAGUUGAUAAACUUUGGUAUCGCUUCUGUUUCUGAUUACCGCGAGAGCAUGGGUACAAAUGUUUCGAAAAAUGGCGGAGAAAGCUUUACGAUUCAUCGAUAUCGGAGUCAAUCUAACAGAUCCUGUGUUUAGAGGACGCUAUCAUGGAAAGCAGGCACAUCACGAUGACUUUGAAGAUGUUCUUCAACGAGCCUUUAAUGUUGGACUACAAAAAGUGGGAUGAUAAUAACAAGUGGGAACUAUUCAGAGAGUGAAAAGGCUUUAAAACUGGCAAAGGAACAAGAGUCUUUCUUCUCUACAGUUGGUUGUCACCCAACUCGCUGCAUUGAGUUUGAAUCAAAAGGCAGUAACCCAGAUGAAUAUUUGAAUAAACUGCUAUCGCUAGCCCAGGACAAUAAAGAGAAAGUUGUAGCGGUCGGCGAAUGUGGUUUAGACUUUGAUCGUCUACAUUUUUGCCCCAAGGAAAUCCAACUCAAGUAUUUUGAGAAGCAGUUUGAUAUUAUGGAGGCCCUCAAACUACCUGUAUUUCUACACUCAAGAAAUGCUCACAAAGAAUUUAUAGAUAUAAUCAAAAGAAAUCGAGAUCGUUUUGUUGGAGGCGUGGCCCACUGCUUCACAGGGACUAAAGAAGAGUCUGAAGACUAUCUGGAUCAAGGACUGUACAUCGGUAUAACGGGAUGCUCUUUGAAAACCCAGGAUAACAUUGAUGUUAUGAAAACAAUCCCAAGUGAUAGACUUCUUAUUGAAACAGAUGCCCCAUGGUGUGAAAUACGACCAACGCAUGCUGGUUUUAAGUACAUUCAAACAAAGUUUGACUGCAAAAAGAAGGAGCGCUGGGAGAAAGGAUUCUGUGUCAAGAGUAGAAAUGAGCCAGCACACAUUGUACAAGUUUUAGAGGUGGUUGCAGCAAGUCGUGGUGAGAAUAUACAAGAGCUUGCAGACACAAUUUACGCCAAUACUGACAAGCUGUUUUUUGGGAGUAGAUAAUGUAUGUAUUUUUAAUAGGAUGUAAAAUCCAAUAUCCAUUUAUUUGACUUUAACAAUGUAUGUUGUAAUAGUUAUUUUUCAAUGCAGUAGUAACCUUCAUCUCUACAAAGCAGCAAUUGGACUAGACUACUUCUGCUGAGUUGACAGAAACCUUAACUUACAAAUAAUCCAAGCUAUUUAACAGGCUGCUCUAUAUUUACAGUCACAACCUUGAAUAAAUUGACUGGAAGUAAA